AAUGUUCUCAAAUUGAUCAAUAUCACCCCUGAAACUACAAUUACAAAAUCAAAUCAAAACUUUAUCAUCAUCAUCAUCAUCAAAACCAAAAAUUCCACCACCAUGGACCACCGUCAACCACCACAAAUAAACCACCAAACAACAACCUCAAUCCUCAAACAAUCAACCACAACAUUUCUCUCAAACACCCUCUUAUUCUUCUUCCUUUCCACUUUAAUCCUCACUUUUCAUUCCAAUCUCCAAAACGGUACCCAUUACAUCACUUCCUUAAUCGAUCACAACCCUUCUUUAAAAUCCCUCUUAUCUCACAUUAACCUAAAUUCCAAUUCACCUGACCCGAAAUCCCUCAAUUCGGGUCGAAAUCAACAAAAUCGACGCCCUUUUCUUCAUUUAUCUCGUGUUGGAACCCUAGAUGAUGAUUUCUUUUCUAGUGAUUCUGAUUUUGAGAAAUCACUGUUUUACCCUUCUAUUAAACAAAACCCUAAUUUUACCUACCUGGUUCUUGACCCGAAUUUAGGGUUUUCGGGUCAAGAAAAUAAAAUCAUUGAUAAUGGGGUUUUUUGGAAUAAAGUUGUUAGAAAUGGGUUUAUUUCAUUUAAGGAGAAAACAACAAAUAAUAAUAAUAGUGAGAAUGAAAAUGAAAAUGAAAAGGGUGUUGUUGAUUUGCAAUUCUUGAUAAAGGGUAUUGAAAAUAAUGAUGCCACGUCAUUGUUGUUUCUUGUUAGUUUGUUAUCUGGUGCUUAUGCUUAUGUUGUGUUAGCUUUUUUGGUUACUUAUACUUGGGUACAUGGGAUUGUGUUUUUGCAAGUGUUGGAUAAUGUGUUAGGGAAUUAUCGGUCGGUUUUUAGGACUGCUUGGGAAGGUUCUAAUUUGGGUUUAAGGAGGUUAUCGGGGUUUGUUUUGAUGAGGUGGGCGGUAAGGGAUGCGUUAGCUCAAUUAUUGGGUAUUUGGGUUUUUGGAGAAAUCGAGGAUCAAUAUGCGUUUUUUAAGGUUUUCGUUAGGAUGAAAUUGAUGCCCUUUUCGGAUGUUGCGCCGUGGGUUAAAGGGUAUGAGAAGGAAAGCUUUUGUUUUGUUGUAUCGUGGUUUUUGGUUGAGUUGGUAGUGGGGUUUAUUUUUGCGGUUGAUUCUUGGGUUUCGAUUGUUGAUUCGAGGAAAAGUGGUAGGGAGGUUGUUAAAGAAGGGUGUCAUUUGUUGGGUAUUAUGGUGUAUCCUGCUAUAGGAAUUAAAUGUUGGGAAGUUUUGAUUUGUGGAUGGUGUACGAGAUGGUUAUUGGGUCGAUUAUUUGGAGAAGUGUUUGCAUUGGCGUUUCAGUCUGUUAUGGAAGUUUAUUUCAUGGUAGCUUGGUUGACAUUUUACUUGGCUGCAAGGUAUAAUGAUGCUUCCUCAGUUGGGAGGACAUUUGGUCGAAGAGAAUUGGAAGGCUUUCUCGAGGGCGUUAGAUGAUACUUGGUGGGAAUUUUGCUAAAGAUUCAUUGAAAGAAGCUUUCACUGGAUGGACUGUCGCGCCGGUGGGGUAAUCUUUUUGUGCUUUUGACGUUCAAUGCUUCGAAAUUCUGAGUCAGCACAGCAUUGUUUAAGAAGUCACCAGCUACGCUUUGUAUUUACUCUGUUCUGAGGCAAUUUGACUUGUAUAUUUCAUGGGAAUUCUUGUUGACUAUUCCAUGUCCGUUUCAGAGUAUAUGAUUUACCAUACAAGUCUUUCAUGGUGAUGAAACCUGAAAACUAGUUGUAAUUGUUGUACUUUUCUUUUUUACCACUAAGGGUAAGAGAUUAGGUGAGCCCUCCUCUUUUUUUUUUUUGAUCACGUUUCUGUUGUAGAUUCCAUUGUUUCUAAGUAAGUUUGAUUUGUAUAAUGAUACAUGGUUAUCGUUGAACUAAA